AUGUCGCCCUUGGCCUUCCCGCACCGUCGCCUGCGAACACGCACGGCCAUCACGCUGGGGAUCGGCCUCUUCCUCUUCUACCUCGUCACCGCCCAAGGACCAAGUGGAUCACUCCAGAGCUCGCGUCAGGCGCUCAACCAAAAGCUGGGAGGCCCCACGCUCCUCGGCUUUCUGCACGACCACGACAAGCCCAAGCAGGUCAACUUUGAGGCCCUCAACGACUUGAUAUACUUUGCUGGGGAGGAGAAGGCUGCCCACGGCGGCGCGCUCGACACCGCCGCGAGUGCCGCAACGACCAAGCCCGUCAAGAUCGAGCUGCCGCCGCACACCUACCUCGAGAACGGGCUGUUGAUCCCCAACCCUGAAGGGCAGCACCCCGUGUACGACUUGAUCAAGCGGAGCCGCGCAGAGUGGGAACGCAAGCUCGAGACCGCCAGCCGUACGUUGCAAGACGCCGUCGACGAGUACCAGCGCCGGUACGGACGCGCACCGCCCGCUGGCUUUGACCGGUGGUGGCGGUGGGCACGCAAGAACAACGUGCGCCUGCCAGACGAGUACGACCAGAUUCACAAGGACCUCGAGCCGUUCUGGGCCAUUGGGCCGUCCGAGCUCCGACAGCUCCUCCAGGCGGGGUCCGACAAGUCGGGCAUGUUCACCAUCAAGUGCACCAAGGGCGACGGUGCCGAGGACGGGUGCUCGUACACGCUCCAGGAGAAGGGGCUGAACCAGGAGGGAUCCAACAUUGGCCAUAUGCGCGCAAAGGACCAGCUCGAUCUCAUUGCCGAGAUCCAGCAUGAGCUCGAGGACGUCGAGGCAGUGUUCUACAGUCACGACGUGCCGUGGCAGUUCCUUGGAAACGACUACCGGUCGGCACUCGUCGACUCUGCCCAGGAGGGAGAAUACUUUAACGACGACGAGCACGAGCUGGACCGUUCAGGCGGCCGUGGAUGGGAGUCGGGAUGCUCCCCGUCCAAACCCCUGCGCAAAAACUAUCCCGACCGACCAGAGAACCUCGACGAGCUGUGGGGAGCCAACGAGAGGAGCUUUGUCUGGGACCACCAGGCCACCAUGGACCCGUGCACGCACCCAAACCUCGUCCACCUCAUCGGCUACCUGUCAGGCCACAACAAGGGCCCCGUCAUUUCCCACGAGCUCCUGCCCACCAUGGCCAUGUCCAAGACCAUGUUCCACUCGGACAUUCUCUCUGUCAACUCUGAGGGCUGGACAGACGACAGCGGCAACGACCCGGCGUGGGAGGACAAGACGGAAGAGGCCAUGAUGUGGCGCGGGCGCACCACUGGUAUCCUGUUCAAGGACGCUAACCCAUGGAACAUCUCCCAGCGUAUCAACCUGGUGGAGCACGCCGCGCGCCAGGACGGCAGCAUCCCCGUCCUCCGUUCGGCCAAACUUGGCAAGCCCGUCGGCGAGCCCGUAGAGCAGGAAUACAGCAAGCUCAACGAGCGGUACAUGGACAUUGCGUUCGUCGACCACGCCAUCCAGUGUGACCCCAACGUCUGCGAGACGCUCCAGGACGAGUACCACUUUGCCGGCAGACUGGACUGGAACCAGGCGAACAAGUACAAAUACAUGAUUGACCUGGACGGCAACGGCUGGUCUGCGCGCUUCAAGCGCCUGAUGAACACCAACUCGCUCAUCCUGAAAUCCACAAUCUUCCCCGAAUGGUACAGCGACCGCAUCCAGCCGUGGGUGCACUAUGUCCCGCUCAAGGCCGACUUGACGGACAUGUACGACAUCAUGACCUUUUUCCGCGGCUCAGACGAGCCCGGCGCCGAUGGCCAGCCGCAGCCGGCACACGACGGCCUCGCGCGCCAGAUUGCCAUUGCGGGCAAACACUGGAGCCACAACUACUGGCGCAAACAGGACAUGGCGUCGUACCAGUUCAGGCUGCUGCUCGAGCUGGCGCGGCUCAUGGCGCCCAACAGGAGCAAGGCGAGCUACGAGUCGCCGAGGGCGUAG